UUCUUCUUGUUGUUGUCGUAGUUUGGCUUUGGCUGCGUUUCAUUAAAAACUGAGCACUAUUUAACUUAAUGCUUUUUGCUUUGAAUAAUUGAUUUUUCAAUCACUCUUUUGCAAACUCUGCUGGCCUUCGUUUGAUACCAUACAUAUACACGGCAAAAUGGCAGAGCUAACGAUAAGCUUCAUAAAAAUGAAAGCAGACUUCUCCGAUGCCAUCAGGAGGAGUGCCAGAGAAGCAUCUGUGGAUCCACUUCAAGCAAUUUUCGACACUCAGAGUGCAUCGGACAGUGAAAAGAGGCACGUCUUGGACCAUGCUUUCCGAGAGAAGCUUUCCAGCAUACUGUCAAAUCCAAACAACAUCAAUGUUAGCAUAUUCGAAAACCUGGUCAGGCUUAGCAUCAUGGUGAGCAAGAAGGACAUGUGCAACGCCACUCUGCCUGUCGUCCUCCUGAGUGACGUGUUCGAAUCCCUCACUCUUGACAACUGUGACAAGCUUUUCAACUUUGUUGAAGAGAGUGUGAACAUUUGGAAAGAGGACUUUUUCUUCUCGUCGGGAAAAAAUCACAUUUUAAGAAUGUGCAACGACUUGCUUCGGAGACUUUCACGAUCUCAGAAUACUGUGUUUUGUGGCAGGAUACUUUUGUUCCUAGCAAAGUUUUUCCCAUUUUCGGAACGAUCUGGGCUCAACGUCAUUAGCGAAUUUAAUAUGGAAAACAUAACUGAAUACAAAGCUACUCCCGAGGAAAAUGGAGAUAUCAAGACUAGUACCUGCGAUGACGAAGCGGCGAGAAACAAAAUGAAGCUAGACUACAAUCUCUACUGCAAAUUUUGGGCGCUACAGGACUUCUUCCGCAACCCCAAUCAGUGCUACCUGAAAAUCCUGUGGAGAACGUUCACUUCGCACACAACUGCCGUUUUGGACGCUUUCAGCAGCUACAAGUUGGAAGAGAUAGGCACAGGCGAGCACAAGAAAGGCUCGCACAAGUCUGAACAGCAGUACUUUGCCAAAUAUCUCACGAAUCAAAAGCUCCUGGAACUACAACUGAGCGACACCAACUUCCGCAGAUUCGUUCUCUUGCAGUUUCUGAUUUUGUUCCAGUACCUCACGUCCACAGUCAAAUUCAGAUCAGACAAUGAUGAGCUGAAACCGGAGCAGGCAGAAUGGGUGAAGGAGACUACUGUUUCCAUCUACGCACUGAUGGUUGAGACGCCCCCACAUGGUGCCGAGUUUGCCAAGUCUGUGAAGCAUAUUUUAGAGAGGGAAUCACAUUGGAACACGUGGAAGAAUGAAGGUUGCCAUGAAUUCAAAAAGCCAGCAACCGCCGAUUCCAGCUCUCCAGAGCCAAUUAAAAAGCGGGCGGUCAAACGUCUUGGUGAACUGAUGAAAUCCGCCUGCGAUAGCAAGAGAAUUUUACUGGGAAACCCCGAGUUGACCAAACUGUGGAAUCAAGCCUCAAACAAUCUGGACGCCUGCCGCUCCAAGGAACGAGAUUUUCUGCCCUCGCUUGAAAUGUACUUUGAAGACGCGAUAACUCAGGCAAAUCCCCUGAGCAUGGUUGAGGAGAAAUACAAGAAAGUGAACGACGGAAAUUUUGGUUGGAGGGCUCUGCGUUUGAUGGCCAGACGAAGCCCGCAUUUCUUCACCCACAGCAACACGCAGAUCAGCAAAUUGCCUGAGUACCUGGAGAUGAUGAUUAAAAAGAUCGCCAAGGAUUUGCCUCAGUCUGGAGAAACUGCGGACGAACUGAAAUCCGAAGAGCAAGACUUGGGAGGCACCACCCAAGAUGCGGAUGAGGAUGAGUUGCUUGAGGAGGCUAAGGAUGGAUUCAAGGACACGAAAGAGGAACAAGAAAACUUAAAAGAUGAUAAAAUGGAUGACGAUGAAGAGGUUGAUGAAACUCCUACUAUUGCUUUGACGCAAGAACUCCUGGACAGCGUUGCUAAAGUGAUCGCUGUGGAAUGGACCAAAGUCGCUACAAAACUCGGCUACAAAGAGGAUGAGAUUGAGUACUUGAAAGGAGAGCAUGACAAUGAAAUCGAUAGGUGCAUCCACCUGUUGAAAAUCUGGAAGCAGGAUGACGAGGAUGCCAGCGCAGCUGGUUUGGCCUACACCCUGUCAGGACUUGGACUUACCGACGCUGCAGCUUUGUUGCAGUAAAUUGACCUGAUUAUGGAUAAUUUCCUUUGUGCAGAGCAUUUAUAAAAUUCUCUUUGUUAACCAA